AUGAAAGUGUUCACUAGUGCAACCGCAUUACUGCUGUCUUCGAUCGCCCACACUGCCUCUGCAGGCUUCGUGACGACAUCUGGCUCUGCAUUUGAGCUAGAAGGCAACCCGUUCUACUUUCUUGGUACAAACGCGUACUGGGCCUCUGAGAUCACUUGGAGUAAAGAGGACCUGGCUACGAUUUUCAAUACCAUGGCCGAGAACGAUCUGACCGUGUGUCGAACAUGGGGCUUUGCUGACCUCAACAAAACGGGCACAGCGCCGUACAACAUUGUGUACCAGUUAUGGGAGGGUGGUAAAGCCACCGUGAACACCGGUGACAAUGGUCUUGGCUACUUUGACCAAGUGGUUGCAGCGGCCAAAGCUGCAGGGGUGAAGCUCGUCGUGCCGUUCGUGAACAACUGGUCCGACUACGGUGGCAUCGACGUUUAUGUGAGAGAGCUCGGAGGCAAAUUCCACGACGACUUUUACACGGACGAGAAGAUCAAGACGGCGUACAAGAACUUUGUCAAGACGUUCGUUAAGCGCUAUGCGGAUGAAGAGACGAUUAUGGCGUGGCAGCUAUGCAACGAGUGCCGUUGCGCUGGAUCCGGUGAAUUCAAGGAGUCGGGCUCCUGCAACAGCACGACGCUGACGAGCUGGAUAACUGAAAUGUCGACGUACAUCAAGACGCUGGACUCGAACCACCUUGUCUCGUCAGGAAGUGAGGGAUUCAUGAACACGGACAAAAGCAUCUACCUGUACUCCGGUCCAUCGGGCGUCGACUUCGACGCCAACAUUGCGAUUAAAAGCAUCGAUUACGGUACUUACCACGCCUACCCGGACUCGUGGGGUGUGGAACCUGCAAAGGCAGAGUCGUGGGGUGUCCAGUGGAUCAAAGACCACGUGUCUUCUGCCGAGAAAGUUGGCAAGCCAAUUGUCCUGGAGGAAUUCGGCAUGAAGUCUCUUGAUCCGAAGUCCUACUUGGCGUGGAGCGAUGAAGUGUACUCUAGCAAGUCGAAUAUGCAGUACUGGCAAUUUGGCGUCAAGUCGCUGAAGACGGACGACGAUGGGUACGCGAUCUUCGUCGGAGACAACCUCUUUUCUAAGGCUAUCGGGCCCACUGCAUCGAAGUUUGCGUCUCUCAGUAAAUCGUCGACAUCGAAGUCGAAGUCAUCGGCCACCAAGAAGCUGUCUAGCAAGGCCUUGAGCUCAGCCUCGAGUGAUUCCGAACAGUCGACGGGCUCAGAAUCGGAUGACACCGGAGAUCUUGCGGACUUGCCAUCGGAAUCGGUAUCUUCGGGUACUACCUCGCAGCCAAGCCCGGCUACCGACGCUUUGACAGAAACGGAGAGUGAGGAUGAAACCGACAGUGCCGAGGUUGCUCUAGCUACUGUGCCUGCUGUUGCUGCGACUUCAACAACGGCACAAGGCACAAAAUGUUCCGUUCGCCGCACUUAG